UGAUCGAGCGAGUGUAAUACGAAGACAAAAGCCGAGCGACGCGACGCUCCAAAUAAAAGUUUAGUAGGCGCUACGUAAACAAACUCUGCGGUUUGUCUUCAUUGGGGUGCACAGAGCGACCGGUUCUUUCGAUCGAUUAACAAACUGUGCACACAAUGGCGCCCAAUAUAGCCGAGGAUGAAGCCUGGAAAGUGUCAGGAAUCUCGAGGACUUAUCCGAGUUACCGCCAGUAUCGUCCCAUUACAAGUGAGAGCUGGCUGGAGGGCAAAAACGCCGAUGACGAGGCCGAAGGUCUUUGGCGCAUUAACGAUAAGCUGUACGACUUAAGCGAUUUUGCCUCUCGCCAUCCGGGUGGCGCCUUUUGGAUUGAGUGCACCAGGGGCACGGAUAUCACCGAACCCUUCGAAUCGCAUCACAUCGAGGAGCGGGCUCGCGAAAUGCUGAGUAAAUUCGAAGUGCGACAGGCUUCGAAGCCCCGAAACUACAAGUUUACGCUCAAUGAAAAUGGGUUUUACAUGACCCUGAAGCGAAGAGUGCGAGAAAAGCUGAAAAAGAUUGAUUACUCUCCCACCAAGAAAACAGAGUUUCUGCAUCUGGGCAUCCUGUUGUCCGUGUUUCUUUUCAGCUGGGCAGGCACAGUUUUGGACUCUCUGAUUUUCCAGUCUCUUGCUGGAUUGGCCCUUUGCUGGGUGGCCACCUCCACCCACAAUUUCUUCCAUCAGCGGGAUAGCUGGCGGAUGUACACUUUUAAUCUGACGAUGAUGAACUUCCGGAAUUGGCGGGUAUCGCAUGCCUUAUCACACCAUGUCUAUGCGAAUUCACUACACGAUCUGGAGAUGUCCAUGUUUGAGCCAUUCUUGUGCUGGAUUCCCGAUCGUCAUUAUGCCAGCAAAACCCAGCGUUGGAUUUCGGUGGUUAUUUCCCCAGUGGUAUAUGUGGUACUGUUUCAAGUACAGUUUCUUAUUCGUUUGGUUUUAUCCCUUACCAAAAGAAACGUCUUGCACUGGGAUGAUCUUAUUGGUCUGACCCUACCAAUGUUUCUAUAUUUGUUCACUGGAGUUGGUCUAUUUGAAACUCUUAUUAGCUGGCAAAUAAUCGUAGCGGUGGGCAGCUUUAUUUUUGGACUUGUUGGUCUUACGGCAGCUCAUCAUGAUCCUCGCAUUCUACACGAUGGCGAUGCCCAACGCCAGGACAUGGAUUGGGGUCUAUAUCAGGUGGAUACCAUCAUAGAUCGUGGCGACAUUAAGUGGUCGGAUCUCUUGGUGCUCACCCACUUUGGUGAGCACGCCCUGCAUCACCUUUUUCCCACUCUGGAUCACGGAGUGCUCAAACAUCUCUAUCCAGAGUUGAAGCAAACGAUGAAAGAAUUCGAUGUGGAACUGAGGGAGAUCAAUCAUUGGGGUCACAUCAAGGGGCAGAACGAGCAAUUGCUGAGGAUAAAAAAGAAUACUUUGCCACCGGGUAGUAAAAAGGUUGAGUAGGACGAGAUUGGGAACUAAUGAAAUAUGUCUAAUGGGCAGGGAAUUUGUUGUUUUGUAAAUAAUUUAAUUAUUUAAGUCUUAGAUCUUUAAAGCUAAAGAUUUUUUAACUAUUAAAAGCAAGGUGAAAUUGUUAAGAUAUGUAGAUUUAAAAUUCCUAUUCAUACUCUUAUAUUAAUUUGUACUUCACCAAAUACUCCGAAUAUGCUCUUAUCAAAAAGCUUUUCUCAGCUCUCUUUCCUAUUUCUCUGUUAACGUCGGUUUAAAGCUUCUUUACCAUUUCCGCUUUUUUAUUAUAUAUCUUUAAAAGCAUCGUUUAUGGUUAAGUUAAUCUGGUGCUUAAGCAGCCCAUAAACAAUUCGUAACACACUUUAUUAAGCGACUCUUUAAAGUUGAGAGUUCAGCUGGUGCUGACUGAUACUUCGUUUGAGUAAACGUAAGACCACAACGAACUUAAAAAAAAAACACUUUUCGCUGAGUCACGGUGUCAAAGCAAAUAAGAAUCAAUGAGCAUAAGUCAAUACUUUAAUUUAUGAUUUGAAACCUUGAAAAUUUGAACACAAAGUAACUUUAUAAGGAAUACAUGAAAAUCCUAUUGGGAUAAGGGAAAAUAAUAACAUUAAAAAUUACCAAAAUUUCAUUUUAAUUUUUUUUAAUUUUAAAACUUAAUUUUAUUGUUAUCUUGUUUAAACAAAUGAAUAAAAUUGUUCUGAAAUAAUGGGAUAAAAUAACCUAUUUAAGAUUAUCGUUCAAAGUAAAUGGAUAAGAUAAGCGAUUCGUGUGGCCAGCAGCUAGGCAAGUUCUCCAAUAAAUAGCUGGUUACGAGAACUGUUUUUAUCAGUUUCAUUUCGAUAUUAACCGGAGAAAUCAUCAAAUACUUCUAAAUACUUUUUUUAUAAUUCUGGGCCCAGAAACCAAAACUUUAAGAGCAGUUAGAGAAGAGUCUCAUUUGGAAUAAAAGAAGGCCGAUACGCGAAUCUAAACUUUAAGAGUUUACUUUUGGAAAAUGUUUUAUAUAUUGUGGGAAUCACUUUAUCAUGUAUUUUAUAAAAUAACUAAGGAUGUGAAAUAAAAAUUAAAUACAAUUGUA